CUCCGACCUCCGCCCCUCAACUCUCUCCAGUGAUCUUGGAAUCAUUCUAUCUCCGCUCACCGUCUCCUUUAUACAUCGUCCGACCUUGUUUUGUUCGGGUGUGGUUGAUCGCAACUCCCCAUAUAAAUCACUAUGCCCGCGUACCACUCCAUCUUCCUCGAAGACCGGGAUGUCGGCUUAAUCGGCAACUUCCCCGUCCUCCCCCUCCGCACCCGCACUCGCGGCCCCGCAUACACACUCCCCCCUCUGCCGCCCAACGUCUCCGACCUCGACGUGCCCACAGACAGCGAAUCCUACGACUGCGUCGAUGAAAUCCUGUCGCUCUUCCGCGCCAAUGUCCUGUUCCGCAACUUUGAGAUCAACGGGCCCGCCGACCGCAUGCUGAUCUACGGCACUCUCUUCAUCACAGAAUGCUUGGGCAAGGUCCGCUCGAACAUGUCCUCGCUCGAGGCGAGCAAGGCCCUGAACAACGUCGCCCUCGAUCACUUCGCUAUCCCCGGUGACGUGUCGUUCCCCCUCAACCAGGCCUUUGAGCCCGCCCGUGACCGCCAGGAUGCGGAGAUGCUCCGCCAGUACAUCUCCCAGGUGCGACAGGAGAUCGCUAUCCGGCUACAUGCGAGGCUAUACCCCGGUGGCGCUGGCCCGUCCAAGUGGUGGUUAAGCUUCGCGAAGAGAAAAUUCAUGGGAAAGAGCUUCUAGGCUAGGAGGGACUGGAUAGAUGGAUACCGCUUUUUAUUUGGUCACAAUUGAGCGUAUGAGAAACCCAAUGGUCAUUUCUGUGUUUCUUGAAUUCUCUAUGAUGCGUCUUAAGCUGUUAU